AUGUCCUCAAAUCCGCCAGGCUUGAACGUGAUAGCCCUGAUAUCUGGUGGAAAAGACUCCUUCUACUCUAUCCUCCAUUGCAUUCGCAACGGCCACAAAGUCAUCGCAUUAGCAAACCUCCACCCCGAACCAAAAACCACCGAAAAGAACAUCGAACAAAAUGGGAACGAAGAAGAAGAUAUCGAUAGCUUCAUGUACCAAACAAUCGGUCACAGCGUAAUCCCACUCUACGAAUCUGCCCUCGAAAUCCCACUCUACCGCGCCGCCAUAACAGGUGGUGCUGUCGAUACUUCGAGAAUAUACCAACACGAUUCUACGGAUCAAUCUGCACAUCAGACCAGUGCCGAUGAAACCGAAUCCUUAGUUCCUUUACUUGAACGAAUCAAAAAAGCUCAUCCAGAGGUAAACGCUAUAUCCGCAGGCGCGAUCUUGUCAACCUACCAACGAACCCGAAUCGAGAAUAUCGCUGCACGAUUAAAUCUAGUUCCACUCGCUUGGUUAUGGAUGUACCCUUCUCUUCCUGUGCCUGUAGCACGGGACUUGGAUCCUCUUGCUGUUUCUGAGGCGGGUUUGCUAGAGGAUAUGGCGGCUGUUGGGUGCGAUGCACGGAUAAUUAAAGUUGCGUCGGGUGGAUUGGAUGAUGGAUUUCUAUGGGAGAAUCUUUCUGGACUUGGGAAUUCGGGACGGGGAUUGAGGAGGAGGGUUACGAAGAAUAUGCGGCGGUUUGUGGGGAAUGAGGAUAUUCGUGGUGCUGUACUUGGUGAAGGGGGUGAAUAUGAGACUCUUGCGUUGGAUGGACCGGGCUUUCUUUGGAAGAAGAGGAUUGAGAUUGAGAAGAGGGAUGUUGGUGUUGCGGAGGGUGGUGUGGCCUUUUUGAGGUUGAAGGAGGCUACCUGCGUUGAGAAGGUGGAAGAUGAAUACACCCCUGAUGAUGUGAGGAGACCCGCGCUCUUGGACCCGGUCUUUCGGGGUUUGUUGGGGGAUGUUUCUGCUGCUGAGCUGAAUGGAGAUGCGCAUUUGGAGCCUAAGAGGGCUGGGCCUGCGCCUGCUUGGUCGACUUGUCAACCUUCGUUCUGUCGCUCUGGGUCAACGUGGACAAUGGCGAAUCUGGUUGCCCCCGAGGCUGGUCCUGGUGCUGCGGAACAGAUGAAUGCGAUUGUUCAGAAGGUUCGGGGUGUGCUAGAGUCGUCUGGUGCUGGUUUACGAGGUACAGAGGAUAUUGUCUUUGCAACUGUCCUGCUGCAUUCGAUGGCUGAUUUUACGCCAAUGAAUAAUGCUUAUGUCUCGCUAUUCAAGAAGCCGAAUCCUCCUGCGCGAGUGACAGUGGCUUGCGGUGAUACUCUUCCAUCUAAUGUCAGAGUUAUGGUUUCCUUCGUGGUGGACUUGGGAUCACGCAACCAGCGCCAGGGUCUACAUGUUCAGUCCCGGUCAUACUGGGCACCGGCUAAUAUUGGGCCUUAUUCCCAAGCUAUGUCUAUUCCUUUGCAGAACGAAAAUAGCAAGCUGGUAUACAUUGCUGGUCAGAUUCCUCUCGAGCCAGCUUCUAUGGAGGUGGCUACGGAAGGAGACUCAUGGAUUGAGGGCUACCGUUUACGGGCUGUGCUAUCUCUCCAGCAUCUGUGGCGAAUUGGCGAGGCCAUGGAGGUGGAUUGGUGGCUCGGGGCCGUGGCGUUCUUGACUGGCGGAAAGGAGAUUCAAACCCAAGCCCAAGUUGCCUGGCAUCUCUGGAAGAAGAUCCAUACUCGACCGGAAGAUGCUGAUGAGGAAGACGAUGAAGGUCCACAGCUUGAUGCGUGGGAUAUUAAGUAUGGAGGCAGAGCAGCAGAAGUGAUCCCCGAUGCUGUUUCUGUUAGCUUGCCCAAAUUCUCUGUCAUUGAAGAAGGAGAUGAUUGCACAGUUGCUCCUUUCCUUGCUGUUCAAGUUGAUGAACUUCCUCGUGGCAGUGAUAUCGAAUGGCAAGGAUUGGGCAGUCGAUGUGAACAAGUCAAGCUGGAGAUUAAACAGGACUCGGUAGCUACUACCGCUGAUGCCAAGUACAACUAUCUCUGCCUUGAGAUUGAGGAGAAUGACCAGCAACCCUUUGAAGACCAUCUACGAUCCAUGAUGAGCACUCAUUUUCAGAGCCAGGAUCUCUCCCAGGUGGUGCUAUACACCACCCAAUCCGUGGCUGAGGGUCUGUGGUCAGGACAGGUGGUCCCAUGUCGAACCAUCUGGGGCCGUGAAGCACGACCCUUGAUUGCUGGCGUGAUUAUACAGAAGGAGUAUGGAUCCAGUUGA